AUGGGAUUGUCUGUCAUGAAUCCUGUGCUCCGCCUUCAACAAACACGAGAGGCUCAUGAAACAGCUGUGGUUAUUAAUUUCUGCAUGAGUCUUCUACAAAUAUAUUCAUCACACAAUAUUGGAAAGAUAUCAGUGUCCCUCUCGAGUACCUUGCUUAAUGAAGCGAAAUCCGAAAAGUACAAGGAUUUACGCGCUCUGCUUCAGCUACUUUCCCAUCUAUGCUCAAAAGAUAUGGUGGUGUACUUUGGUCUCCAUAUAAUCACACCACUUAUCACUUUGGAACUCCUUAAAUAUCCCAAGCUUUGUUUCGACUAUUUCUCGCUCAUAUCGCAUAUGCUCGAGGUUUCCCCCGAGACCUUCGCACAACUCAACAGUGACGCAUUUAAUCAUGUACUUACAACAGUUGACUUUGGUCUUCAUCAGCAGGUGAAGUGA